UUCACAGUAUCCACUACCUACCUACAUUCAUCAGCAGAAUCAAAGAUUUCUGUGAUAUUAAAAAUCCAAAAUGUUCACUAAACUAUUUGGUGUUGCCGCUUUCAUCGCAGUGAUUUCUGCACAAGCAGACAACCAGAAACAGUCCGUGGAGAUAAUAACCGAAAGAACUUUGGUCAAUCCAGACGGCUACGAUUUCGUGUACAAAACAAGUGACGGUGUGUCGCGGCAAGAGGAAGGGUCGCUGAUCACCGUGGGAGACCAGCAGGGCAUCGCAGUCAAGGGCUCGUACUCCUACACCGCACCCGACGGCCAGCAGUACCAGGUCACCUUCACUGCAGACGAUAAGGGAUACAAGCCGCAGAUACAUGUCGCACCUAGCCAAUAAACUUAUUAAAUAACACCUA